AUGUCCCGCAAGGUGAAGAGGUCAGCAUGCCAAAGGCCUCGAAAAAACCGAAGUCCUGCGCAGCGCGCGGUCCUCGCCAGCGCGCGUGCAAAGUUGGAACGGGAUAACAGGGAGAAUAUAGAUCCUUCUCGCAAUGAUAGCUCCCCCGCUGUGCCCUUGGCUUGUCUUUGCCCUCCCGAAUCGCGCAUGUGCAUCCCGCUUGCUGAUCACGACCGGCUUAUCGACAAUGUACGCCGCACUGUUCGUCGACGGGAUCUGAAAUUGAAGAAGAUAAUCGCGGAGGUCCGGCAUGACACUGCUGUGCACAAAGCGGAGCUUUCGAGUAUGGAGGAGGCACACCAGCGCGAGAUUAGGCUGGCCAGCCAGACGAUACAUGAUAUGCAUUACCAGCUCGUUACGGCUGAGGAGGAGAUCGCGCGACUUCAUCGCGUGGUCGAGGAGCAGCAGAGAUUCCUCGUGCAGCUCCAGACAAAGGCACUGCACUCCAGGAGGACGCUUGACGCCCUACAUAAGCGCACCAUGCGUAACUCACCUUGGCAUCGACGUCGAAAAGCGGAGAUCAUCCGAGAGCGCGCUGUCCAGGACAGGCUGGAAAAGAGAAUUUUCAACAAAGGGGCUUACACGGCGCAGGCGAGGGCCCUCAUACGAGAGCUCAUCCGCACAGGGUGCUCGGAGAAGAAGGCGGGUGCUUUAUUCAUCGAGUUCGGUCGGCUCCUUGGCAUCAAGGACCUCCAGCGAUUGCAUGCCCCUUCUGCUCGGAGCAGCCAGCGCUUCAUUGCUGAAGGCGGUGUCGCAGCCGACAUGCAGACGGGGAUGACUGUUGCACUGAAUCAGAAAACCGCGCUACAGAAGCUCAUGAAUGCAGACAUUACCUCUAGCUCGGAUUCAACAACGUUCCGUCAUCAGAACUAUAAUUCGAAUUUCCUUGCGCUGCGUCCGGUGUCCAAGUCAGGCGAGCUGUCAGAUGAGUCGGUGCUUCACGCGCUCGGAAUUAGCGCCUCGGUUGACCACUCGAGCGCUGCUCAGCUCAGCGGCUAUCUGGCGUGUCUCGAACACAAAUUUGGGAUCUGGAAUCGCUCUCCGAUGGCUCAGCGGAUGGGCCUCUAUGCCAGCCUACAGACCUAUGCCCUCAAUCUGAAGGGGACGAACGGAGAUCAUGCGGCUGAUGUACGGAAGAGCAAUCAGGAUCUGGAGCAGUUCAAGAGCGAUAUGACAGUGGCAUAUCUUGGCAGUGAGCAGCUGAAGAAGCUCUCGCCCCAAGAUCUCGUGCAGCGCAUCAUCCCCUUCGCUCGCGCGGCUAUCUCCGAAGCAGGGGGCUCGGCAGCUUGGGUGCAGCUCAGUGGCGAGGAGCGCGCUGCGCGUAACCUUGGAGUGAUGGAGGCGCUAGCGCGCAGUCUUGGACGGACACUCCUAGACAGAAUGAAUCCCGCAGAGCGCGGGAAACUGUCGCGCUUCCUCUGGUCGGGAUGCUGUAUGCAUAAAGAACUCAAUAGUGUCAAAGGAGGGGACGAGGCUAUGCGAAAUUACUACGAUGAACACCCCGACGUACCACGCCCGGUCCUCCUCGCCAAUAGGGACAACGCUGCUGUCCUUCGCCAGGUCCAGGAUGGAGAGCAGCUCACAUCCGCGGAGAUGCAUGCGCUUGUGAUGAGCAGCUGCGGCGCCAUCAAGGCCACGACGCUCGGAGGCAUGAUCUGCAACAACAAGGAUAAAAAGAAGGGUCAGCACGAUACCUAUGUCUGGUUUUUCCAGACAACACUCGGCUUGUCCUCCUCGCACGUCUUCCCCGACGUCAGCAAUACCCAAUUCCAAUCCCACUGCGAUGCAGCAUGCGAGAUUGUUUGCCACCUUGCAACAUAUCGCAUCUUCAUGCAGUGUGUGUACUGGCGGAAGGAUAAGCCUGGCUUCACGAACGUUGAGCAGAACUUCUACAAUGUGCUAUACGACGUUCCAACACUCACCGAGAUGUGUGUUCUAGUCCUAUAUGCGAACUGCAUAACAUACCCUUAUGCGCGUCGUGUCCGAGGCCCUGGAACGAAUCAUCUCAACGCGCUCGAGCUUGGACCUUACCAUGCCGACCUGAAGGUUUUCGUUCGCACACUCAUCAGCAACCCUGAUCUCGCCUUGGGCCCUCGCGCUGAUUUCCGAACGGCAACCUUUGACAAGCAGGAGAUGCACCGGCCCCUUGCAUACGCAGCGGUACGCGCGAUGCAAAAGUGGCUGCCGGUGCUGCGCACACUCUUUGUCGUCUUCCUGGAGGGUGCCCUCGUGACCUGGGAGCGGUUCACCUCUGAAUUUGUAGAGGGCGGGAUCAUCGAUCAGCUGAGCAACGAGGAGAGGAGCGCGAUCUUCGUACCUGCCACAAACGAUGCAAACGAGAGCGCGCUCGGGACUGUUGUCGCCAGCAAGCGCCGCCGUCCAAACGAAACCCUCAAUCAGUUCAACGCACGGUACACGUACGAGCACAAUCACACGCGGGGCUUCAUGGACAUCUUCCAGGAAGCGGAUGAAAAAUACAUCCACAAACAAGCACGCCUCGUACUCGAAUCUCUUCCCCAAGCGAAGAUUCGUAAGGCGCAAACGGAGCAUGACAGUCGUGUCGCUGCCGAGCAUCAACAGAAAGAAGCCAAGAAGGCACUAGUGCGGACGGAGCGGUGGAAGGAGUUGACGCGCAUUGAGCUUGUCCUGAAUCUCCGGGCCCUCAAGGAUCUGUCAAAUGAGGAGAUGAAGCAUCAGCUUGAUGUCUGGCGCUACGUGCAGCGGGCACCCAACAUACCACGGGGCAAGGAGAUGCCACGGAAAAAGUUCAGGGAGGACGCAUUGCGUAGACUCAUCACUCAAUAUCCUGCUGGCAAGGUUCCGGACUCGCAGAAGACACCGGUAUCGCCUCUGGAGGCUAAGCUUGGGCAGCCCAUUGGGCCGACGGUUACGCGUAUGAUGCCACGCUUGAGUGGACCGCGCGUCUCCGCUGGGUCUUCCGCGGAUGGGCAGGUGGAUGGGGGUGACGCACUAUAUGAUUCAGAAGAUGAUGAGGACUGA